UUCCUGUACCAUGAUACCAUCAAGACCAUCGCUGUAAAUGGUGACCUGCAGCCACAGUGUUACACAGUUUCAAACAGAAGAAGAUGACACCUGAGCGAUGCAUUUCUGGUAAAAGUCCACUCGAGAGGAGGUGGUAGUGACUACAACGGGGUUUUGAACGAUCGGACUCUGUUCUCUCAAUAUGAAGGUGGCACUUGCCUUUUAAUAAACACCGAGCUGCUCAUAUCGGCCUCGGAGUUCCAGCCUGAGAAUUCGAGAACAUGGAGUCGUCUCUCCUAUCCACGCUUUUGCUUUCCGCGUUCAUGUUGGGGAUAACGGCUAGCCUUUACGACCCGCAUCUGUACCCAAAGAAAGGCCCAUUCUUUGAGGGCUGGUACAUCAGGAUAACUGACUACGAAAAAGAUGAAUCGCUUGGUGUCCUGUUCGGGAAGGUUCUGCCACGAGAUCCCACUACCAGCGACCCCCCAACCCUUGUGACCUUCCUGAAAACAGAUGGACAAAAGCCGUUGAAAAGUUACGAUCGGUUCUUGGCGGCAGACGACGUGGACGUUUUCGUUGGACCUCAAAAUGGUAAGGUCAUUUCUGAUCCGUUGGUGAAAUCACCUGCAUAUUUCUCAUGGCAGGCAAAAAAUUGUGGAUUGCUGAAUGUGACUCCCAGUGGCGCCUGGUUCAACUUCACAAUCGGGACAAUUACUUUUAAUGGGAGGAUAGAAAAGCCUGUUCAGUGGGAUCCGGAGGGCAAGGGGCCUGAAGGGUGGCUGCAUCACUUGCCACUUCCUCUAGCAUGGUUCGUCUACAGCCUGGGUUCUGAUGUUAUGUUCAGCUGGCACGACUCCCGAACCGGCGAAUAUUACAACGGGAAAGGUUUGGCCCACAUGGAAAAGAACUGGGGAAAGAGCUUUCCAACGGCGUGGUUCUGGGCAGAAGGGGUCCGCCACUCAGAUAGGGUGAGUUUCGCCAUGUCCGGAGGCCCUGUCGGAUUUGGACCGCUCAGCGUAACCGGCCACCUCAUUGGCUACAGGAAUCCUCUCAAAGGCAUUUCGCUGGAUUACCGUCCCGAUAACUCGUUAAUGAGCAUGGACAGGGAUGCAUGCAACGGCGCCUUGAACAUAACUUUCAGAUCUGUAAUGCACAAGUUAUCGGUAUUCAUGAAAGCACCAGUUGGCACCUUUAGCGGCUGCUUGUACGGGCCCCAGGCAAACGGCUUCCAGAAAGCGUGCUCUGAGAGCUUCAAAACAAGAGCAGAAAUCGUCGCGUACGAGAGACCGCUGAUUGGCAGUUACAAGGAGAUGGACCGGCAGGUCAUCGAAGGAGCCGCCCUGGAGUUCGGUGGUGACUUUCUCUGUAAGGAACUGUGUGACCCAUCUUAUGAUGGAUCUGAAGUUGAUUAAAUAACCAUUGUCUGAUUUUGGCUUCAUAUCAUA